AUGGGCCGUGGACGGGUUGAAAGACGGCGCAAUGCCGCGUUGCUGACGCUUCUUUCUCUGUCUUCCCUCGUUACAGCUCAGUCUAGCUGCAUUUCACUCCAGAAUUCUAGCGCUUGUCCGGCAUUCAAGACAGCCUCCAUUUCUCGAGAUGAUUUGAAGAAGGAAUUUCCAUUCCUCGAAUAUGUCAAGGACACUUCGUCAUUUGAUGAUGCUUUGUCCAACUAUGUCAAGACGACAUUUGUCCAUGAAAAAUAUCAAAAUCUUUUCGGUUGCGGUGAAAUUGACCUGACCAAUACAACCACCUGGUAUGCUCGUUUCACGACCACCGUUAUGUGCAAUGCAUUGGUCCAGAAAUCGAUCAACGCCUGCUCGUUGUCUAAAGAUCAGUCACGCUCGAUUUGCGCCGAUGGGUGUGCUGAAUUUGCGCAGAGUGAAGCCUACUUGACAUCUGAUAGGGAAUUAUGUUCCAAUCCUAAGAGCAACUUGGACUCCUUGAUCAGAGCAGAUUUCGCCACAUGUUCAGAACCAUUAUCGGCGUUGGCAGGAAGGACAUGCAUCAAUCCAUCGGACAACGAAAAAGAAAAUUGCGGAUUCGGCACAAGCACAAUCGGACUAUGCGCUUAUUGUUCUGAUACCAGCGUCAACUCAACCGACACCUGCUGCUACAAUUCCAACACUGAACAGAGAUGCCAGGGCAUCAAGCUACCGGUGAUCAGCACCACAAUGUCCUUCGGCACCCCAACUGGGACUGCCUCCCCGUCCAGCACGGCCGACCCAAGUGGUAGUGGUCAGGGUGGUAGCAGUCUUAGUGGUGGCGCCAUAGCUGGCAUCGUCGUUGGUGCUAUCGCGGGCCUGGCCCUUCUUGGCGUUGUUUUAUUUUUCUGCAUCCGCAGAAUGAAGCGAUCCAAGGGGAGCCAGUCAGGCAGUAUUUUCAACCAACCAUCCCCAGCAAGGAAAGGUCCCCCGAGCAUGACUCAUGUGCCUCAGGAAGCCCCUCAAGGAUACGAAGUUUUGCCUGGAGGACGUAUCGCACGUAUGUCGGCUUUGGAAGGUCACUCUGGAGAUUCCUCGUCUCAACAUCAUGGCAAAUCAAUGUCUGCUACAGGAGGUAGCAUGGCCGCUGGGUACGCGGGUGGCCGUCGGAAAGACAGCCAGACCCAAUCAUCAUCUGAGUUUGGUGAUGACUCGGAGCCCCGGAUGAGUGUGUUGCGACCACCUCCUUCGACGACAAGAAGAAAUGGGUCGCUGUCGAGUAACUCCAUCUUUGGAACCUCGGUUCCACAGUCACCCAGUAGCGCUGGUGCAGCAUCACCUCUGGGUGUGGGUAGCCAACAGUCUGAGCAGCUGCCAUACUUCAAAGAUUACUAUUCCCAGGAUGACAUUCAUCCCGGUGAUUCAGUUGCUGUUCUCUGGGCCUACCAACCACGUGCCACAGACGAGUUCGCUCUCGAGAGAGGUGAUAUGCUCAAGGUUGUUGGUAUCUGGGACGAUGGGUGGGCGACGGGUGUGCUGACUGGUGAGCGUGCGGAGGAAUGGGAGGCAAGAAGGGAAGCUCAACGUGACAGUGGGGUGUCGCAUGCAUCUGGACGGCGGGACAGCUCAGCUGCAACAUCUGGGGAGAUCAAGGCGUUCCCUCUGGUCUGUGUCUGCUUGCCAGCGCACUGGAGAAAGACGAUAGAGGGCGACGGCUCGACAGAGACUGGCUCCACCAGCCACAAUCCCUACGCAGCCUUGGCUUGA